UCUCUCGACACUCGCCCCUCUCGCUAACGCACGCCCGUUGGAUUUCGUGACGGACGAGGGUGGACGAGAGAGAGAAGAGAGAUCGGCCCGACGCAUCGCGAGGUGUAUUCCGCGGACACAAUCGGAACGGUUUUUUUUCCCCCCUUAUCUCCCGUCCGAUCUCGGGUCGGAGUUGACACGAGGCAACGAAACGCGUGAUAUCCCUCCGCGCCGGACGCAGCAAUGUCGGACACACGGCGACGUCGUAAAUCCAACCAGUCAUGCGGUUCCGACGAUCUCUCGGACUCGUACGAGGAGGAGCUGAACGCGACGAAGGAGACCCAGAGUAGCGAACAGACUGAUGGGCAUCAAGAUUCAGAAUGUGACAUUUAUGAAAGCGACUCUGAUGUCGAGUCGCAAGAAGGCGGGGAACAACGUGAAAGUGGGGAUGGGCAGGAAGAGGAGAAACCGCAGAAAAAGUUGGACGACGACGAGGACAGGCGUAAUCCGCAGUAUAUACCGAAACGAGGAACGUUUUACGAGCAUGAUGAUCGUACGACUGACGAAGUACCUGAAAGUACCACGGAACAGCAAACGAAUGUGAAGGAGACCAAGGAGAAGAAGGUGUGGAAAGAUAAGGAAGACAGGUGGGACCACGACCGAUACAAUGACGAAGAGCAAGCUCCAAAAAGACCCGAGGAAUUGAUAGCAACGUACGGUUAUGAUAUUAGAAACGAAGAAGGGCCACCUAGAGCUAGAAGGAGAAGAAGAUAUGGCCGUGGACCCAACAAGUACACAAGGAAUUGGGAGGACGAAAACGCUUAUGGAAAGGCCACACCUGGUAGACCAAGCAACAGACGCUUCCAAAAAAAUAACGAAGAUUUUCCUGCUCUUGGUAAUAGUAAGGAUACUCCGAGCAAGGUAGAGGAACCUGUAAUUUCGUCGGCAUGGUAUAGCAGCAAGAACAAAACACCGAACAAACCCCAAAACUUCCCGCCACUUCAGUCCCAACAGGAUGAUGUAAAUACUAAGCCUGCUAGCGCCUCCAAUACAUCCAUAAAUGAAAAUAAAGCGUCAUCAGAUGAAUCUACUAAUACAUCUUGGAAAAAGGACGGUAGACACGUUACUCAAAAUACAAACGGAAGCCCUGGUUCUGGCGGUGACGCGGAAAAAUUAGCUAGUACCAAGCCAUCCCUAAGGGAGAAUAACAAGAGGAAUACCCAAGAGUCUGUAAGCUUGGCCGCGAGUAGGACGCGCGGAAGAGGUUUCAAGCCCAAUGCUAAUAACAACAUGGUCACUAACAGAAUAGUUGAGAAUAAAUCGAAAGGACGUGGCCCGGGUCCGGUUACAGUAGAGAAUAGAAGGAAUAACACCGCGCAGCAUAAUGAAGAGCAUCAACUUGCUCAUGACAUGAAACAGCAACUCAAUAUUAACGAUGGUGGUCAAUAUCAUCAGCCUGCGCGACACAACAAAGGUUUUUUCACGUCCUCCAACCAACACAGAUCAAACACAGUACCACCUAGAAUGCAACAACAGCAGCAGCAGCAACAACAACCACAACAAUCACAUCAGCAACAAACGCAUUCACAACAACAGACAAUACAACAACAACAGCAACAACAGGAUAGUUCUGGAAACAGACCUAAACGAUAUUCCAGUCUUCGUCAACGACCUACCAUUUCGGAAACUUCCACGCAACAGAAUUAUCCAUCUCAACAUACUCAACACGGAUAUUUUCCACCUCAAGCUGGAAAUUCAAGAGCCGUUUUGGAAUCUCCAGGUUACCCACAAGGUCAUUUUGAGCAGUCUUCUCCGGUCGCUCCAGCCACAGCACCCAUGGCAGGGCAACCUGUCAUUUCUCUACCACCCGGUGGGCAAGCUGCUAGCUACGCGCCACCACCGUUUUUAGUACCACCACCACAAUUUAUACCACCUCAAACAGCACCUCCUAGUAUAAUUAAUUAUGUUCCCGGUCCAAAUGGCCCGACGUUUCCACCAAACUUUCAAGGUUACCAGGGAUAUAAUCCUUCGGUACAGCCUCAGGGUCCACCACCGCCCCAAGAACUGUACCAACCGCAAGGGUGUACUUACUAUAGUCCCGCACAGCAACAGCAACAAGCAGUUCCUUUGCGGCGACCGAAAGCGGCUAUACCUAUUCUUCCACCACCUGAUAAUCAGCAGAGCGGCAGAGGAAGAGGUAGAAGCACUCAGCAGUAUCAGAAUAAUCAAUCUGGUGGUAACGCGCAACAGACUGAACACGAAGUCAAGAGCGGUAACGCGAUGGAAAGUGACGAGAAACCCGUGCCGGGACAAUUUGACAGUGCGCAAGUCGAGCAGCCGUGCACGCCGAGUCAGGAAUCCCAGAACAGUCAGGCUCCAGACGUGAUCAGAGCAGUGAACGAUAUGGACGGGAAGGUAGAGAUCAUCGCCAAUGCCGACGCUCAUAUAAAGAUUGACGCGUCACCCGUUAGAAAAGAUAAUUUGGACGAUAGCGUCAGUGUUAAGGAACUAUUAGAAGCAACUUCUAACGAGAAGAACGCUGUUUCCCACAGUCCAACCCCACAGACAUUGGCCGGCGUCGAGACUGAAUUAGGUAACAUUGAAUCCGCAAUCCCCGAAAGUACCAUCGUCGAGAAAGCUGCAGCCUAAAUAAGCGUGAUUGUUAACAUUUUACGCUUCGUAUUCAUACGAACGUUUUUCCCCGCGAUUUGCCGCGCGUUGAAGUGUCGCUUCGCGGAAUUAUACACGACGCGCGUGGGCGAAACGUUGCUUCGAAAACGUUUCUAGUUUAUUCGCAUACCCAUAAUCGUAUAUUUAUUCUGUAAUGCAAUUGCCCAUGCAAUCUUUCGCUGUAGAAUCAGGGAUGCAGAAUAACUAUUAAUCAAUUCGUAUUCGGAGAAGUGCUUUGAAUGCACUAUAUUUUAUAACAGAUCGAGAGAUAUUAAAAUUAUCGUUUCUCGAAUGCAGUUGCAGUAAACUAGCUAUCUGACGUGUAAACCGCGACGUGUAGCUUUAAGGCCAUUGAUCCGCCACUAUAGCCAUUUAACGGUUUAAAAACGAAAAAUCAUGAUUUAUUUUAUAGAAUUCAUGAUUUAUUUAACCCUUAAAUGCCCCCUGGGGUCCAGC